CGGGGUUGAAUUGUUAGAAAACGACCAGGAAGUGACUGUAUCAACCCGGAAGCAGCUUUCUUUCUCCUCAUAGCCAUAGAAUAUAGAAGUCUCAUGUGUAUAUGUGGAAGUUGUGGUCCGCUGAGAUAAAGGUUUUGGCCGCUAGAGGGGGCUGGCGUCUAUGUGCAGAGCAGCACUGGAGAAGAAUAGUAAGACCGGAGAUCAGCAAGCUGCAAGUGAAGUCAGAGUGAGAUCUGCUCAUCAGAACCCCCAUACCGCAGAGAUGAUUAUACCAGAGCUGGAUAAGGACACGGUUCGUAUGAAAGACCCGCAGAGGGUUGAAGAACUGAUCAGGGCAUUGCAAACUGGAGGGGAUACCAAAUUACAGGUGAUUUCUGAUUUUGACAUGACACUCAGCCGCUUCGGGUUUAAUGGAAAAAGAUGCCCCACCUGCUAUAAUAUCGUUGACAACAGCAACAUCAUUAGCGAGGACUGCAGGAAGAAGUUAAAGGAUCUUUUUAACUUCUACUACCCCCUUGAAAUUGACCCUCAUCGGACCAUCGAGGAGAAGUACCCGCUGAUGGUGGAAUGGUGGAGUAAAGCGCACACAUUGCUCUGUGAACAGAGGAUCGAGAAGCAAAAGCUAGCGCAGAUUGUGAAGGAGGCUCAGGCUAAGCUACGGGAUGGUUUUGAGAAUUUUUUUGGCACUCUAUACCAGAAUGAGAUCCCUCUGUUUAUUUUCUCAGCUGGUAUUGGAGAUGUUCUGGAAGAGAUUAUCCGCCAGGCUGGAGUUUAUCAUCCCAAUAUUAAGGUGGUCUCGAACUACAUGGACUUUGAUGAUCAGGGUAUUCUUACAAGUUUUAAGGGCAAGCUUAUACACACCUACAACAAGAACAAUUCCGUCCUGGUGGACGCUGAAUACUUCCAGCAGAUGAGCCAUCGCAGUAACAUCCUUCUUCUUGGAGAUACGCUGGGCGACCUCACAAUGGCCGAAGGAGUCACAAAAUUGGACAACAUUAUUAGGAUUGGCUACCUCAAUGACAAGGUGGAGGAGCUGAUGGAGCAGUUUCUCCAGUCUUAUGACAUAGUGCUGGUCAGAGAUGAAACUCUGGAUGUGGCGAACGGCAUUCUUAAUCGCAUUACCGCCAAGAACUAAUCCUCUUCCUACAAUCUCGCCAAACUGCACUCCAAUUCCUGCAACCUGCCAAGAUACCUCCCGACUCUACGGACAGGAUAGGCCCAUGUCUUCUACAACUAAUAUCAUUACAAAACUUCCCCACAAACUGUUUUUAGUUGAUUAAUUACACUUCCUUAACACCUUGAAACACCUUGAAAAUUAACAUUUACUCGGCCUCUAUGGGCAACAUUAAUUUUAAUAAUUUUCAGCUUUUUUAUUGUUUAUGAAGCCGAGGAUAGCUAAAAGAAGAUGACUUCUAGUGGGGGUUAUGUACUGAAAAGUGCAAAAUAUGGUGCAACUCUCCAUAGUAACCAAUCGGCUUCCAGGCUUUAUUGCCAAAGCUUAACCA